AUGCGUUUGGUCACUCUCUCAGGUGCGGCACUGAGCCUUGCCUCGGUGGUCGCUGGAAGAGAACUCCCCAAAGAUGAGUUCAGAGCUGCCCUCCACAUAGAGCUGUAUGACAGUGGAGCUGUCCAUAUGGAGAGCAUGGAGAGAAAGAAGGCCUUGUGGAUGGCUGAGUUCGAUGCUGGUCUGCUAAACUCGACUAAAUGGCCACGCCUCAACUACACCCCGUGUGUCAAUGGCAAGGCCGAGGCCGUCAAGGGUGAUCCUCUCCUCACCUUCAGCUGCAGGAACAUUGACCUCUACGACUUCAUCAACCAUGCCACCCUUGGGUCGCCCGACGGCUGGGACGAGCUAGGGGAUGGUCUGCUAUUAACCGGCAGUUCGUCAUGGGGUUGGACCGACCCGGAGUCGAAGCGUGAGUUUGUUGCCAGUGGCAUGUAUGAGGGCACCGCUUUCAUUGAGAUUCUGCCCGAAGGCCGAAUGCUUCACCUCGGAUUCCUGCCUUGCCCUGCUCCCACAGACCCGAACGCCUUCUGGAAGGAGAUCCGUAGUUAUAACAACUACAUGCUGAUUGGAUCUGAGCUGAAAGACCAUGGUAUCCAAAUCUUCGACAUGACAAAGCUUCUUAACCUCGAUCAAAGCAAGCUACCCGUCACUUUUGACAUUGUGAAGGAUGUCGCCAGUCACUUCAAGGAUCUCCCCAUAGGCGCCAGCCACAACGUUGUUUCCAACCCAGAGGGCCAGUACGCUGUCGCAGUGGGUUCACGUCCUCGCAACGACUCGUGCCGUGCUGGCCUCAUCUUCAUCGAUAUGAAGGACCCGACCAAGCCUACCAGAAUAGGCUGCAACGGGGAGGAUGGCUAUGUCCACGACGCUCAGUGCCUCACAUAUCGUGGUCCUGAUAAGAAAUACGUCGGCAAAGACAUCUGUUACGGAUACAACGAAGAUACCCUCACCAUAUAUGAUGUGACGGACAAGACCAAGUCUUCCAUCAUCUCCAUUACUUCUUACGAGGGCGCAACUUAUACUCACCAAGGAUGGGUGCUUGAUCCUGAGUGGCAACAGUAUCUGUUGAUGGAUGAUGAGCUUGAUGAAGUUGACGCUGUUGGCCCAGCUGCAGAUGGCUAUCCCGUUACUUACAUCUGGGACGUAAGUUCAUUGGAGGCUCCCAAGCAGACAGGCCUCUACAAGGGUACCGUCAAGACAGUCGACCACAACCAGUACAUCAAGGACGGCCUCUCUUACCAGUCUAGCUACGUCGCUGGUCUCCGCGUCUACGACAUCUCCUCCAUCCCCGAGGAUCCCACGGGCCGCAGCACCUGCGAAGUCGCCUACUUCGACAUCCACCCCGAGGACGACGCCCUCCCCGGCGGCGGAGAGGUCUCCAUGUACGGCUCGUGGUCCUCGUACGCCAUGUUCGAGUCCGGCUUCAUCUUCAUCAACACCAUCGAGCGCGGCGGCUACCUGGUCAAGAUGACCAAGCGCGACGGCUGCCCCAAGAAGAGCUGCAACGCGGACAACUGCCUCCGCGCCAUGCGGGCGUCGUCCAUCGAGGGCCGGCUCGGGGAGAGCCAGCAGUUCUGCUCCGGGUUCACCCAGGGAUUCAAGGCCGACGUGAACAUCGUUCCCAAGUAUGCCUCGGAGGCCUGCGGAGACAACGUGAUCGCUCGUGUUAGUUCUGCUUGCGCGUGCCUGCCAGCAGCCACUCCAGCUCCGUAA